AUGGCCAAGGGCUUCUACAUUUCCAAGCCAUUGGGCAUCUUGGGCAUCAUCCUGGGUGUGGCUGCUCUGUGCACCAUCGUGGCCCUGUCCGUGGUGUACGCCCAGGAGAAGAGCAAGAACUCGGCUGGCAGCCCUAGUGUGGCUCCCACAAGCCCUACCACCACGCCAUCUCCCACCGUGGACCAGAGCCUGCCAUGGAACCAGUACCGCCUGCCCAGGACGCUCAUCCCUGACUCCUACAACGUGGUCCUGCGGCCCUACCUCACCCCCAACAACCAGAACCUCUACAUCUUCACGGGCAACAGCACAGUCCGCUUCACCUGCCAGCAGGCCACCAAUGUCAUCAUCAUCCACAGCAAGAAGCUCAACUAUACCACCUUUCAGGGCCACCAUGUGGUGCUGCGGGGCGUCAGGGGCUCCCAGCCACCUGCCAUCGACCGCACGGAGCUGGUGGAGCUCACCGAGUAUCUAGUGGUGCACCUGCAGGGCUCGCUGACGGCGGGCAGCCAGUACGAGAUGGACACUGUGUUCCAGGGCGAGCUGGCUGACGACUUGGCAGGCUUCUACCGCAGCGAGUACACAGAGGGCAACAUCAGAAAGGUGGUGGCCACCACACAGAUGCAGGCUGCGGACGCCCGGAAAUCCUUCCCGUGCUUUGAUGAGCCAGCAAUGAAGGCCACGUUCAACAUCACACUCAUCCACCCUGCAAACCACACGGCCCUCUCCAACAUGCCUCCCAAAAGUAGCACCCCACUUCCUGGAGACCCCAGCUGGAACGUCACGGAAUACGAGACCACCCCCAGGAUGUCUACAUAUCUGCUGGCCUACAUUGUCAGUGAAUUCACAAGCAUAGAGAAUUAUACACCCAAUAAUGUUCAGAUCCGCAUCUGGGCUAGACCCGCUGCCACUGAUGAAGGCCACGGCGAGUACGCGCUGAAUGUGACUGGCCCCAUCCUUGAAUUCUUUGCUCAACACUACAGCACACCCUACCCGCUGCCCAAAUCUGACCAGAUCGCCCUGCCUGACUUCAAUGCUGGCGCCAUGGAGAACUGGGGGCUGGUGACCUACCGGGAGAACGCCCUGCUCUAUGACCCCGUGUCCUCCUCCAUCGGCAAUAAGGAGCGGGUGGUCACCGUGGUGGCUCAUGAGCUGGCCCACCAGUGGUUCGGCAACCUGGUGACCGUGGACUGGUGGAAUGAUCUGUGGCUGAAUGAGGGCUUUGCCUCCUAUGUGGAGUACCUGGGUGCUGACUACGCUGAACCCACCUGGAAUCUGAGGGACCUCAUAGUGCUGAACGACCUGCACUAUGUGAUGGCUGUGGAUGCCCUGGCCUCCUCCCACCCCCUGUCCUCACCGGCCGACGAGGUCAUGACGCCUGCCCAGAUCAGCGAGCUCUUUGACUCCAUCACCUACAACAAGGGCGCCUCUGUGCUCAGGAUGCUGUCUACUUUCCUGACUGAGGACCUAUUCAAGUUGGGCCUGGCGUCCUACCUGCACACCUUCUCCUACAACAACACCGUCUACUUGGACCUGUGGGAGCACCUGCAGCAGGCCGUUGACAAUCAGAAUGAGAUCCAGCUGCCUGCCAACGUGAGUGACAUCAUGGACCGCUGGAUCCUGCAGAUGGGCUUCCCCGUGGUCACCAUCAACACUGCCACAGGGACCAUCUCCCAGGAGCACUUCCUCCUGGACCCUGAGUCCAACGUCACUCGCCCAUCCGAGUUCAACUACCUGUGGAUCGUGCCUGUGUCGUCCAUAAAAAAUGGCCAGCAGCAGGAGGGAUACUGGCUACAGAAUGCUCAAGCCCAGAACCCGCUGUUCAGCACACAAGGUGAUCAGUGGGUGCUUGCGAACAUCAAUGUGACGGGGUAUUACCAGGUGAACUACGACGAAGGCAACUGGAGGAGGCUUCAGGCUCAGCUGCAAAAUGACCCAUCGGUCAUCCCUGUCAUUAACCGGGCACAGAUCAUCCAUGAUGGCUUCAACAUGGCCAGUGCCAAGAGAAUCCCUGUGACCCUGGCCCUGAAUAACACCCUCUUCCUGAUUCGAGAGACGGAGUACAUGCCCUGGGAGGCCGCUCUCAGCAGCCUCAACUACUUCAAGCUCAUGUUCGACCGCUCCGAGGUCUACGGCCCCAUGAAGAACUACCUGAGGAAGCAGGUCCAGCCCCUGUUCGAGCACUUCAGAACUAUAACCAGCAACUGGCAAAAUC